GCCGUAACUGCGGUAACGAUGGCCAUAUUGCAAAGGAGUGUCCCGAGCCGCGUAAGAUGAUCUGCCGUAACUGUGAUGGUGAAGGUCACAUCUCAAAGGAGUGCCCUAAGCCUCGUGAUUGUAGGUGUGAUCCUGUCCUACAGAGUUUAAAUGAAGCUAACAACCUCGCAGAUUCUCGUGUCCAGUGUCAAAACUGUAAGGAGAUGGGACACACCAAGAUUCGUUGCACAAAGCCUCCUGUCGAGGAUGGAGAUGCUGGUGAUGCCGGUGCUUCAUACGGUGCUGGCCCUUCAUAUGGUGGUGGCGGUUCUGUUCAGCCUGCUGCUCCAGACACUAAUGAAUUUGAUAAAUAUGCUGACCUUUUCACGAACUAUAGCGGUGGUGGUGGUGUUGAUGCUUCCGCUUCGGCUCCUGUUGCUGCCGGUGCUUGGGCAACCCAGGGCGAUGAUGCUCCAGCUCCUGCUGCUACUGGUGGUUGGAGUCACUCUGGUGGAGACAAUUGGUAAAUUGUCAUACACUUGCUUUGCCAUAACAUUCGUCCGACAGGGUCUUCAGAUUCGACGGCGUGUAUUGACAUGAAGCGUAUGGUUGAGAACUGGGGAUGCAUCAUGCUUUCAUGCACUUGAUAGCUAGAUACCUAGUAUUCAA